UUUACAUGCCGCUUAUGUCAUAGAAGUUUCACAGAGAAGUGGGCCCUGAACAACCACAUGAAACUCCACACAGGAGAAAAGCCAAUUAAGUGUAACUGGCCCACAUGCCAUUACUCAUUCCUUACAGCCUCCGCCAUGAAAGACCGCUACAGGACGCACACAGGCGACAAGUCGUUCCUGUGCGACCUCUGUGGCUUUGCUGGCGGGACGCGGCACGCCCUCACCAAACACCGCCGGCAGCACACAGGUCAGUAUGGGUCGCCCGGGCACAAGCAAGUCCGAGCAGGCACCCCAGUAACUGCGCUUGGCCCUUGAUUGCUUGUCUUUUUGGUUUUUGUAAAAUCUGUGUACUUGGGGGUCUACCGAAAAUUCUGUUUGAAUAACAUAAGAUUUUAAUUCGUCUAUUUUUAUAUAUUUAAAAAAGUAGGCCUACUGCAUGUUUUAUGGAUCAGGUGUCCUCUGUAAAUUCACAUUAAGUAGGAGGAAGAAAAGCGUUUGGCCUCCGAA